GAUCCGAUCCCGAUAAACGCGAAGCAACUGCCUGUACUAUCCCCCUCUGCUUUCAGGUAGCCGGAGGAGUGCGCAGCCAUGGCGACGAGCUCAAACAUACUGAGAGCUAGCGUCCCUCUGUGUCCUAAAGCCAAUCGUGCGCAUUACCAUCGGCUAGCCUCUCUUACGGCCCUCUCGCCGCCCCUUCUCCUGCGCCCAUCCGGCAUCCACCGAAGCAGAAAGAGAGUUGACAGGGAAGAAAGCGACAGAGUCAUCGAAGUCCGAUCAAUGUCCUUUUCCUUUUCCUCCUCGCCCUCGUAUUCUUCCUCCUUCGGGGCCCGGCUUGAGGAGACGGUGAAGAAGACGGUGGCGGAGAAUCCGGUGGUCAUCUACUCUAAGACGUGGUGUUCGUACUCGAUGGAAGUAAAGGCGUUAUUCAAGCGAAUUGGAGUGGAUGCCCUCGUCAUCGAGCUUGACCAGUCCUCAAGGUCCACAACUACAAAAAGUCUUGGAAAGACUCACAGGACAAUUUACUGUUCCAAACGUCUUUAUCGGGGGCAAGCAUAUUGGUGGUUGUACAGAUACUGUAAAGCUUUACCGCAAAGGAGAACUCACUCCCAUGCUAUCAGAAUUAAACAUCAGCACAAAGAGCUUGCAACAGCCUUAGCUGAACAGUCCAGGUUUGCAAAGCCGUUCUAUCAAGGGGGUGCUCAUAUGUAUUGAAUUUUCAUUUAUUACCUUUGUAUGGUGUAAGCUUUUACUUCUAUACAUUCAAACUAUUCCAUGCUAAUCUUAUUGUUCAGCUUUCUCAAAUAUUGUUCAAGUAUUAUUGACUGUGCUUUCAGUAUUCUAUCUUAUUAUAUCAGGAUAAAUUGGUAAUAGGUGCCACUGGUUGCUUCUA